AGCAAAAAGGGUUCCAUCGAACUUCACCAAAUCAUCCCCGCGCGUGUAGCGCGUUUCAUCACUUUAUUCUCCCCCUCGACGUCUAAUAACACACCCCAACCAGAGCUCUCUCUCUCUCUCUCUGACUCUUUAAUUUCUUUCGCUUACCAAACCCUAACCCUAAAAUUUUCUAAUUCUACUUUUUAAAACCCCUGAGAGAAAACCUAAUACAAUCAAUCAAUCUAUCAAUUUAUCUAAUAAUCUCCAAUGGACUCUGAGCAGAGCAACCUGUACGAAACGGCGUCGCAGCCAGACACGGGAACAGACGCAUACACAUUUCUCGAAUUCAACACACAAGGCGAAUCUGACUUUGAUUAUCCAGAAUUCCGUUCUCCCGUAGCAUGGCCAACGCCGUCGGAUUCUCUAGCGGCUGCGACUUCCUCUUCCUCCGCCGUGGACCCUACCGCGUCAGACCACAGAGGCGCAGCUGCGGCGGCGACAUCCUCGGAUCACCACUCUGCUGAUUCUGCAGCAGCAGCUUCUUCACCCGUGUCGUCUUCGUCUUCAUCGAAAGCGAUGCGAGGCGGCAGCAAUAGUCAAGGGGUGGUGGAAGGGAUAGUGAGUGCAAUGGGAGGGUUGAAUUUCGAGGAGACGGGAGAUGAGGACGGAUAUGAGUUUGGAAAAGGGGAUUUUACAGAGCAUGCUUGUCGGUAUUGUGGGGUUUCCAAUCCUGCUUGUGUUGUUCGAUGCAAUAUUCCUUCUUGUAGGAAGUGGUUUUGUAAUUCCAGAGGCAAUACUUCUGGCUCCCAUAUUGUUAAUCACCUGGUUCGUGCAAAACAUAAAGAAGUCUGUCUUCAUAAAGACAGUCCUUUAGGAGAAACAAUACUUGAAUGUUACAACUGUGGAUGCCGAAAUGUCUUCCUUCUUGGAUUUAUAUCAGCAAAGACAGAAAGUGUUGUUGUUCUCCUAUGUAGGGAACCUUGCUUGAAUGUCAAUGCAUUGAAGGACAUGAACUGGGAUUUGAGCCAGUGGUGCCCCCUUAUUGAUGAUAGAUGUUUUCUACAGUGGCUUGUUAAGAUACCUUCUGAACAGGAGCAGCUGAGGGCACGCCAAAUUAGCGCUCAGCAAAUAAAUAAAGUAGAAGAACUUUGGAAAACAAAUCCUGAUGCUACCCUAGAAGAUCUUGAGAAACCUGGCAUUGAUGAUGAGCCUCAGUCUGUAGCAUUGAAGUAUGAAGAUGCAUAUCAGUAUCAAAAUGUUUUUGCUCCAUUGAUUAAGCUUGAGGCCGAUUAUGAUAAAAUGAUGAAAGAAUCUCAAAGCAAGGACAAUGUUACUAUUCGAUGGGAUAUUGGCCUUAACAAGAAGCGAAUUGCUUAUUUUGUUUUUCCGAAGGAGGACAAUGAGUUGCGUCUUGUACCUGGUGAUGAGUUACGGUUGCGUUAUUCUGGAGAUGCUGCCCAUCCAGCAUGGCAGUCAGUUGGGCAUGUGAUCAAGUUAACUGCACAGGAGGAGGUAGCACUUGAGCUUCGUGCUAGUCAGGGAGUUCCUGUAGAUAUAAACCAUGGCUUCAGUGUUGAUUUUGUGUGGAAGAGUACAAGCUUUGAUCGGAUGCAAGGUGCAAUGAAAACUUUUGCAGUCGAUGAAACAAGUGUCAGUGGGUACAUAUACCACCAUCUGUUGGGCCACGAGGUUGAAAAUCAAAAUGUUCGUAAUACACUUCCACGUCGUUUUGGUGCUCCUGGUCUCCCAGAGCUGAAUGCAUCUCAAGUGUUUGCUGUAAAGAGUGUUCUUCAAAGACCUAUAAGCUUGAUUCAAGGGCCACCUGGCACUGGAAAAACUGUCACUUCUGCUGCCAUUGUUUAUCACAUGGCCAAGCAGGGCCAGGGACAGGUUUUGGUAUGUGCUCCAAGUAAUGUGGCUGUAGACCAACUAGCUGAGAAGAUCAGUGCUACUGGUUUAAAGGUUGUUCGGCUAUGUGCAAAAUCAAGGGAAGCUGUAAGUUCCCCCGUUGAGCAUCUAACCCUUCACUAUCAGGUUAGACAUCUUGACACUUCUGAAAAGAGCGAACUUCACAAGUUGCAACAAUUGAAAGAUGAACAAGGGGAACUGUCCAGCAGUGAUGAGAAAAAAUACAAAGCACUGAAGCGAGCAACAGAGAGGGAGAUUUCACAAAGUGCCGAUGUCAUUUGUUGCACCUGUGUUGGUGCUGGAGAUCCCCGUCUAGCAAAUUUUAGGUUCCGCCAGGUGCUCAUUGAUGAGUCUACGCAGGCAACAGAGCCUGAGUGCCUUAUUCCUUUAGUUCUUGGGGCAAAGCAGGUCAUUCUUGUUGGAGACCAUUGCCAGCUUGGUCCGGUCAUUAUGUGCAAGAAAGCAGCUCGUGCUGGGCUGGCUCAGUCCCUUUUUGAACGUCUUGUUUUACUUGGUGUUAAACCAAUUAGGUUGCAGGUUCAAUACCGUAUGCAUCCAUCCCUUUCAGAAUUUCCAUCUAACAGCUUUUAUGAAGGUACGCUUCAAAAUGGUGUGACUGUCAAUGAGAGGCAAUCAUCAGGAAUCGAUUUUCCUUGGCCUGUGCCUAAUCGUCCUAUGUUCUUCUAUGUCCAGAUGGGACAAGAGGAAAUAAGUGCCAGUGGAACAUCUUAUCUAAAUCGUACUGAGGCAGCAAACGUUGAAAAAAUUGUAACUACUUUCUUGAGAAGUGGUGUGGUCCCUAGCCAGAUUGGUGUGAUUACACCAUAUGAGGGGCAGAGAGCGUAUAUUGUGAACUAUAUGUCAAGAAAUGGUGCUCUUAGACAGCAAUUGUACAAAGAAAUUGAGGUCGCAAGUGUUGAUUCAUUUCAAGGAAGGGAAAAAGACUACAUUAUUUUGUCCUGUGUUAGGAGUAAUGAACAUCAGGGUAUUGGAUUUCUUAAUGAUCCACGGAGGCUGAAUGUUGCUCUAACACGUGCUAGAUAUGGAAUUGUCAUUUUGGGAAAUCCUAAAGUUCUGAGCAAACAACCUUUGUGGAACAGCCUACUUACACACUACAAGGAGCACGAGUGCUUGGUUGAAGGACCUUUAAAUAACUUGAAGCAAAGUAUGGUUCAAUUUCAAAAGCCCAAGAAGAUCUAUAACGAUAGGAGACUCUUCUUUGGUGGUGGCCCUGGAAUUGUCUCUAAUGACAAUUUUGGUUCUGGUGCAUCAUCCAGCCCAAACUCUGAUAGAAGAAGCUCUCGUGGCAGGGGUUCGUAUAUGCCACCUGGGCCACCCAAUGGUACCCAUAAGCCCAGUGUCCACCCUACUGGCUUCCCAAUGCCUCGGGUUCCUGUUCCUCCAUUUCAUGGUGGUCCACCUUCCCAACCAUAUGCUAUUCCAACUCGUGGGGCUGUGCACGGGCCUGUUGGAGCUGUUCCUCAUGUUCCUUCACCAGGAAGUCGGGGUUUUGGUGCAGGGCGGGGGAAUGCUGGUGCUCCUAUUGGCAGUCAUCUUUCCCACCAGCAAAGCACACAGCAAACUAUUGGAAAUAUGGGAUCCACAUUCAACUUUCCUGCUCUGGAGAAUCCAAACAGCCAGCCAUCUGUGGGUGGUCCAUUAUCUCAGCCGGGAUACGUGAAUAAUAUGCCAGUCCAAGGUCCAAGUCAAUCAUUUCGUGAUGGAUUUUCUGUGGGAGGCAUGUCUCAGGACUUCCUGGGUGAUGAUUUCAAAAGCCAGGGAUCUCAUGUUCCUUAUAAUGUUGCUGACUUCUCCACUCAGGCAUCACAAAGUGGAUAUGCUGUUGACUAUGUUACACAAGGAGUGCAGGGUGGGUUCCCCGGCAACUUUAUGAAUCAGAAUUCUCAAGCUGGAUUUUCUCGUUUUGGUUCUGGAAAUGAUUUCAUGUCUCAGGAUUACAUGACUCAUGGAUCACAGGGGCUGUUCACUCAGAUUGGCUUCAAUGAUGCCUCGCAGGAUGAUGUGUCACAGAACCACUUUGGCAUAGCCAAUCCAAACCCUCUUCAGUCUCAGGGUUUGAUGAACUCUCUUUAUUCUCAGCCCUUUGCCCACUACAACACACAGCCUCUAAAUAUGCAGUCUACACAGCAGCCUCAGCAGGGUCAAGGCUCCCAGAACCAGAAAAUCCACUACAAUGGUUGAGGGGCCAUGGAAGUUUUUUGGCUGUGUUGGGUUAUGAUCUUUGCAUUCAGCAUCUUGGUUUCUGCUGUCAUGUGUGCCCAGAUUUAUCUGCCAAAAGUGCGGACAAAGUUUGCCAUCUUUUUAAGGUCGAUUUAUACUCUUCAUAAUCUAAAGAAGACCUUGGAUGAUGAGAAUAAAGAUGACAAGUUUGCAGUGGCUACGGUAAGGGGUCCAUGAGCAGACGGAGGCAGCACAUCCAAGUCUGAGAAAGAAACAGAUAACCCCAAUUGCCUGCUUAAAGUUAUGUUUUGAAAUGGUAAUAUUGUCCCAAAGGAGAGCAUUACAUGACUUGGUUCUGCCGAAAGGGUUCGGACUUGAAGAUAUGGGAAUUAUAGUAUUUGAUUCACAGGGAAACCCCGUUUGAUUUACACACAAGCAACUACCAGAGAAUCUGUACUGCAUGACAGGGAAAGUCCACCUAACCCUUUCAGCUCCUCCUGACAUGUAAUUAUACUCUUUUAUAAUUGGUUAGAUGAUGAAGAUUUCUUAGGGAUGUUCAACUGUGCAAUCACUGAUAUGUUACAGUUAGAUGGAGUUGGUGUAAGUGUGGAAUUGGUUUUCAUGCAAGUUGGGUUCCUAUUUAAAUGAUUAGUCAGUCCCAUUGUUUUAUUGGGACUUUUGAGGUCAAGAAUUGUACUAUUGAGAGCCCGAGUAUGUAUAUUAUAAUAUGAUAUGAUGGUGGUGAUGGAUUGAGCUCUUUAUA